CUUGGAAGGUGACGGUGAUUCGGAUAUCUGCUCCAAAGAUCUCCUAUCACCAUGCAUGUAUUCGCCGGCACCAUUCAGUCCGUUUAGUGAUUGCACUGAACCGCCCGAAACUCCACUUUCUGCCUAUGGGGCUGGCAUCUCGCCUGCUUUAUCACCUAUGCCUUCCAUGCAGUCGUUACAUUUCAAGUAAGC